AUGUAUAUGAAGCCGAGCUAUUUUGACGCGAGAUGGUUUCCAUGUCGGCAGCCGGUUGCACAAGUGCUAACAGGACUUCGACUCAGAGAUCCCGCAAGAAGAGACCUCCUCAGGCCAUAUCUGUUCUCAGGCAAAUUCGCUGCUAAUACGCGUCUCUCUAAGCCUAUUGGCGAACCACUUUUGCGACCGAAUCAAACGUGUUUAUCUACGGAAUUUGAUGAUGUUGGCGGGAGCUUGUCAUAUGAAUCAGACCGGCAACGUUGCCGGAACUGCCACAAGGUCCAAAAGGUGAGCAUUCAAGUAGAAGCUUAUGGUAGCUCGGUUGGUGAAGAACAAUCGGAAGAGUGCCGUUCCCACAAUACGGGCCCAGAGGUCGAUCCAGCAGUUUGGCAAAAAUUGCAAGAUUGGCAUCAAUCACCAGAGUGUCGUGAAUAUACAGACGCAGCACGAAGUCAGAGUCGAUUGGAAGCUGUAUCUGCGAAACAUGCAGAGUCGCUGGCUGUAAGGCGGGCUGGUAUGACGCUGAAACAGAAAGCAAGUGUCCCAGCUAAUUAUGAUGAAUUGUUGGAUGAAGAAGAGCAGGCUGAGAAGGGAACAAGUACAAGUGGACGUCGACCUGAUACUGAUGGCAUUUUCAAAAGUACUAUAAGUAUGGAGGAAUUGAACUCCGUGAUUAUGGCACAAACAGAACUAGUCAUUACUGGUGCUUACAACUUGGUCGUUUGGGGUUUCACUGUAAUUGGCCGAAAACUCCGCAUAUAUGCGCUUGCUGCUGCAGAACGGCUUUUUCACCUGGUGUUGGUAGAGGAGGCAUCUCUUCACCGUGAUCUUAUAAAUACUGAGCAUGCUUACCUUGCAAUGGUAGGCUUUGGUAAGAAGGUGGAGAUAACGAAAAGGAUGCUAGACGAUUGGAAUCAGAAAAGGGUUGCUGCUAGGAUAGUAUUUCAUCAAAAUGUUGUAAAGAUUUGGAUUACAUUGAGUAGUGUAACUCCGCCACUACCACCGCCUCCGUUUCAACCACCUCAACAACAACGGCAAGAAGAAGAAAUGAGUCAAGCAUCAUACCCCACUUUUGAUGGCACCAAUUCUCAUGAAUGGAUUGCUGAACUCGAAUUGGCGUUCAUUGCCAAUAACAUUCCCAACAGCGCUCAUGAUAGAAAAAUGGGAAUAGCAGCUUUAAACUUAGGACCAGCUAAAAUGUGGUUCAUUACUCUUGCCAACAAACCAACCACAUGGGCAGCAAACCAAGGAGUUGAUGGGUUUAAGGAAUUAUUCUUAGCCAGGUAUGCUACGAAUGGUAAUCGUGCUCAAGCGUCACAGCAAGCCUACUACUACAUGAGGAUGCAGAUGAAAACAGAGUCAGUCAACGAUUACCUAAACGCACUCCAAGAAAUGUGGUUAGAAUGUGGUGACCCAGCACUUAUUCCUGAAUGGACGAGAGUCAAUCAAUUCGUACAUGGCCUAUUACCAAUGCUAAGGACUCCAGUAUUGCAACAGGCACCAGAAACCAUGGCUCAGGCUAUUAAACUGGCAAAUAAUUGUUUCUAUGCCAUGAGAGCCAGCGUUCAACCAUCACACAGUGCUGAAGUCAAUGAUGCGCUCUUAGAGAAAAUAGCAUUGCUGGAAGUGCAACUAGCAGAAUUAAAAACUUCGCUACCCAACAACAGAAACAAUGGGCCAAAAUGCCACUACUGCGGAAACAACGGGCAUAUGCAUAGAGACUGCAGAAUCAAGACGCGAGACAUCAGACAAGGCAGAAAGCUCAACUGGACAGUACCGCGACAAUUGUAA